UAUAUAUACUAAUGUAUACUCAAGUAUUCUAAUGUAUAACCCUCCUCAAUGCUUUAUGGAAAAAGGCGGAAUUUCCGCUGCAUGAUGGUCGUGAUGGCUGUUCAGCUCCAAUCCACCCUGCUGGGCCUGGAAGGACAAUUCCUCAGUUCUUUGAUCGGAAACCAGGCCUUUUGCCGAGUGAUGGGCCGCUACAGUCCCUCCUCUCAUGCGUACGCCAUCUCUCCCUGGGUUCUCUCCUUAUGGGCGGGUGUUUUUGGCUUGGGACAAAUCAUCGGCCAACUGGUCACUGCCUCACUGGCCGACCGCUGGGGAAGACGCUUCGCCCUCUAUUUCACGCUGUUCUGCGUUUAUGUCGGCGUGGCGGUCGAGCUGGCCUCAGGCAGCCACAACGACUUCACCGGCGCCAAAAUCCUCAUGGGCUUCGCGUCGGGCGCGUUGCAGGCUGCAGUCCCGACGUUCGUGUCAGAGGUCGCCCCCAGCGAGGCCAGGGGGUUUUUCAUCGGUCUCGCUGCGUUUGCUUUGUCGUUUGGCAGCCUGGUGGGCAGUCUGGCGCUGUACGCCGCGGACAAGCGAUACAGCGAGGAUAACCUUGGCUGGCGCAUCCCCCUGGCAGUCGGUCUCGCUGCCCCGACCGUCUCGCUCGUCCUGCAGCUGUUCCUCCUUCCCGAGAGCCCUGCCUGGCUGGUGGUGCGUGGGCGGAUGGUCGAGGCCCGCGCCAGUCUCGCCUGGCUGUAUCCCACGCUGACCGACCGGCAGCUCGACGAGCAGCUCGAUCUGCUCGUCUACACGGUGCAGCGGGAGGAGGUCAAGACCUCUUUCCUGCACUGCUUCGAUCAAUCGAACCGCCGCCGUACCUUUGUCUCCCUCUUCCCACAGGUCGCCGGCAACUUCACCGGCACCCAGCUCGUGGGAUCUUACACAACCUAUUUCUUCGAAAAGGCGGGCCUCAAGAGUGCCCUGCGCAGCAAUGUCAUCGUCACCUGUCUCGGGCUGGCGGGGACCAUUCUCGCGUUUUUUGUUGUGGACAACAAACGCGUCGGACGGUUGACUCUCAUCCUGGUUGGCGUUAUUGUUUCCUCGUUGACGAUGCUUGGCGUCGGGCUCAUCGAAACAGCAUCGCACGGUUCAAUCUCCCAACAAGCAGGCUACGGCGCCGUCUUCCUCAUCGCCCUGUACAACUUCACCUCCAGCAUGGGGCCCGGAGUCGCCGGUAUCAGCUACGUAGGCGAGUCGUCUGCACUCCGCCUGCGCGCAAAGACCGCCGCCGUCGCCCUCGCCACAAACGUCCUGGUUGGUACCGUCUGCAAUGUCGUGCUCCCGUACCUGAUCGACGCCCUGCACAUGAAAUCGGGAUAUGUGUUUUUCGGGUUUGGCGUCGUCUGCACUGUUAUUGUUGUCCUUUACAUCCCUGACCUUACGGGGCGGUCGUAUGCGGAGAUUGACGACUUGUUCAAGCAUACUUAGAUAGUAUAGACACUAUAGAUACUAUAUAUACAGUCCUAUACUAUCCUCAAC